AAAGCACAAUGCCUAGGAUCCGUUACUAAAGAAGCUCACCCGAGUCUCUUGCACGCGUCACAUCCUUGUCGACUCGCACCCAUGCAACGCUGCUCAACCACACACGCGCCAGACCCAACCAAACCCACCCCUUACACUCUGUUCAAGAGAGUAACAGUUAGUUACCCUCAGCACAACACACAUCACGAGGAGAACACACCUCCAACUCCCGCCACGUAUCCCUCCCCCCACCUCCUUAUAGUGGCCACCCUUGCCCUCUCUUCACCUCCGCAACCGUCUUCCAUUUUCUCACUUAAAUUUCAUUGCCAUUUUUCACUGAACACUAUCAUCAGACCGAGGGCCGUUCAUCAUGUCGAAUGAUCAAAACAAGCCGAUGACUCAGAAGCUCUAUGAGUCAGCUCCAUCUUCGCGCCAGGCGGCCAAGUUUUUGACUGCAACCACACUGGGUGCAACGCUGCUAUUCUUGUCUGGGUUAACCUUGACCGGGACAGUGAUGGCCCUGAUCAUGGCCACGCCACUCAUGGUCAUUUUCAGCCCAAUUCUAGUCCCGGCUGGGGUAGUCAUUUUCCUGGUGAUUACCGGGUUCUUGUUUUCCGGUGGGUGUGGGGUGGCGGCGAUCACGGCGUUAUCGUGGAUAUAUAAUUACGUGCGAGGGAAACAUCCACCAGGAGCGGAUCAGCUGGAUUAUGCAAGAAAUACGCUUGCGAGGACGGCUAGGGACAUGACGGAGAAGGCUAAGGAGUAUGGACAAUAUGUGCAGCACAAGGCUCAGGAGGUUGCUCAAGGAUCUUGAAUAAGAGUGUUUAGCUUAGGGCUUGGAUUGGGUUGAGGUCUGUUGGUUCUGUAAGGUGGUGGUGGUGGUGUUGUGUCUUGCUUGUUGUUUUCCAUCAUAUUUGCAUGCAUGCAGUGUAGAUCAUGUGUUUUUGGGCUUAGUAAUUGUAACAGUUGCUUUAGUUUGAUUCUCUUUGUGGCUUCGAAAAUCUCGUUUCUCUGUUAAUAAGUUUUUCUUUGUCUUGAA